UCUCUCUUACCAACAAAAGUAAAGUGGGAAACCUUUUAAUAACGCAACCUCCCGAAAAAGAAUCCUUACAACAGUAUGGAUGUUUGCGUUCAAAGAAAAUAACAUAGCUGAAAAAAAGCAAGAAGACAGAAGAAAAAGACAAACAAAUAAAGGAUCACAGUGUGGUACCGCAUUGAAAGCAAGAAUCCGAUUGGCUGGUAUAUUCAGAGAUCAACGCAUCUGGAGCACGCAUCUAUCUUUACCAUAAAAUAAGACUAGUGUCUACGAGUGUUGUGUAUUAAAAGUGUUAACCAAUUUAAAGAAUAGAAUAUGUACAACUUGAUUGUCUUCAAAAUGAAGCAGGAUAUUCUGGUAAUGGUACUUCUACUUUUAAAAUAUGCGUUAGCGUUGAAUGACUGUAAUAUCUGUACUUGCUGUAUAGGUGGACUUUCUCGUUGUACAUUCUACAGUAAUGUCAAUCAUUACUGUUUAGACGGUUGUGUUGAUGGAUAUUUUGGUACAAGAUGCACACAUGCUUGUAAAAGUAGUAUAAGAAACUGUCUGACCUGUUCGGAUCAAACUCACUGUACGAGUUGUAGCGAUGGAUACUACGGGCAAUAUUGCUAUGGAUGUCCUUUUCGGUGCUUAACUUGUACUAGUUCUGCCACUUGUUAUAGCUGUAAAACAGGCUAUUAUAGUGGUAAACAAUAUGACAACGACAUACAUGUUUAUUACAAUGACUGCCGUCAUAAUUGCCAACCCAACUGUAAAUCAUGUACAUCAUACUUCACGUGCACUGAAUGUGUAGAUGGGAAAUACAAUACGGCUGUAGGCUGUAGAGAGAGUUGUAAUCGAGCAUGUAAAACCUGCACAUCAAAUAACUAUUGUACCUCUUGUCCAUCUGGAAAAUAUGGGUAUUCUUGUGAGAAUGAUUGUGGAUUCGGAUGUGAAGACCGCAAAUGUGACAUCGGAACAGGAAAAUGUGCUUGUGUUCCUAACUUUAAAGGUAAUAAAUGCGAUCAGUGUUCUAACAGUUGGUACGGUACAAAUUGUAACAAGAAAUGCUCUGCUGGUUGUCUCGGGAAUAUUUGUUCACGUGAUGGGGACUGCAACAGUUGUAGGACAGGGUUUACUGGAAACAAAUGUGACCAUUGUUUGAAGGGUAAAUAUGGAGAAAACUGUGACAUACCGUGCCCAAGGGGCUGCUCUAACGACACCUGUGAAAAUAAUGGAGACUGUUAUAUCUGUAAACCUGGGUUUACUGGAAAGCAGUGUGAUCAGUGUGUGUUAGGAGUUUAUGGGCCUAACUGUGAUAAUAAAUGUAUUGACAACUGUAAACUAUGUCACUCUGGAACCAGUUGCUCCAAAUGUAUUGACAGACACUUUAUAGAAGCAAACAUCUGUCAGCCAUGUCCUUCAAGUUGUGUACGUUGCAGCUCCGAUAUCGAGUGCUCAUUAUGUGAUUCCAACUUUUAUGGACAAAUUUGUAAUGCAAAAUGCUCUAAGAAUUGUAAGGACGGAACAUGUGAUAAAACAAGUGGUGUCUGUCUGUCUUGUGUUGAUGGAUUUUAUGGUGAUUUUUGUGAUGCAUCUUGUCCCGAAAAUUGUGCAGAUAAUGCUUGUACCAAAACUGGAAAAUGUAAUGCUUGUGCAGAAAAUGGAUUUUAUGAUGACACCUGUUCUACUAAAUGUCCAGACCUUUGUAAGGAAUGUCAUCAAGAUACCGGAUCAUGUGUUAUAUGUUCUGCUGGUUAUUUUGGUGUAUCAUGUGAAAAAGAAUGUCCAUUGUACUGCAAGCCAGGGACACAAUGUCAGAAGUCAAGCGGGUCUUGCAGUGAAUGUGCUGAUGGUUACUUUAAUCGUAACUCAGAUUGUAAAAAUAAAUGUAAUGCAAAGUGUAGGACAUGUAAAUAUCAUGACUCCUACUGCACUGCUUGUCCAGAUGGAAAAUUUGGACGAUAUAGGGGCUAUCAGUAUUUUCAUUGCAAUAAUGACUGUCCAUCAGACUGUUUGAAUAAAAGUUGUGAUAGCAUUACAGGAGAUUGUACGUAUGGCUGUGUACGAGGAUACUGGGGGAAGAAAUGCAAAAACGAGUGUCCAAAUAACUGUAAAACUAACGAAUGUUUGAAUAAUGGAACAUGUCUAUCCGGUUGUAAAGAAGGCUACACAGGAUAUAAAUGUGAAUGUCCAAUAAACUGUGAGUGUGAUGCCGAUGAGAAUUGUAUUAGAUGUAAAAGUGGUUUUGAAAACGAGAAAAAGGAGUGCACAUGUUCUAGAUCAUUUUGUUCUGAUGAUAAGUGUAGCAGUUGCUCUAGUUCUAUACUUUACAUAGAAAACGCAUCUUGUUGUCAGUGCAGCAGCACCUGUAAAAACAAUCAAUGUGAAUCAGAACAAAAGUGUACGGACGGAUGUGUAGAAGGAUAUUUUGGCGAUGGCUGUCGAUAUCUCUGUAAAAAUGUCGACCCUCGUUGUUCAGAAUGCACAACAGAUUUCACUCGUCCUACUGGACAAUGUUUACUAUGCAUAGAUGGAUAUUAUCCAGAUAUCACUUCCAAAAGAUGCGUGAAGUGUUCAGAACAUUGUGCAAACGAUCUGUGCUCUCCGCAAAAUGGAACAUGCUUCGGGGGCUGCACAAAUGGAAGAUGGGGAUAUAGAUGCGAAACGAGUUGCAACCAGCUCUGUAGUCCGUGCACUCAGUCUGAUGGUAAAUGUUUAGUAUGCAAAAAUGGCAAAUAUUUAUCAAACUGUAGCCGUCCGUGCAGUGCAAAUUGCAAUGCCACCAAUGGUGUGCAUUUGUGUGCCAUAACCAAUGGCUCUUGUCUAAACGGAUGUAGUUUAUUUACUAAGCAUGGUUGGCAUUGUGAGCUGACCUGCAGUAGUAACUGCUUUAAUCAAACCUGUAGCUGGAAGACAGGUAAUUGUAUAAAUGGAUGUGUUGACAACUUCUAUGGGGACAAAUGUGAUAAAAUAUGCAAUAUGAAUUGUUUAACAACAAAUAAUGAAAGACGUUGCAAUGACAAAUUCGGGCAUUGCUUGUCAGGUUGUUUAGAUGGUUUCUAUGGUAACCUGUGCGAUCAGAAAUGUAGCUCUAACUGUUUUAAUACCACUUGCGAUAAACAGUCUGGAGAAUGUGUACAUGGUUGUAAGACGGGAUAUUCAGGCACAAGGUGCGUUCUAGCAGCUGCACAGACAGGAUCAAAUGGGGAGAGCAUGGGUGUGACGAUUGGUGCAGCAGCAGGCGGUGGACUUUUCCUCGUGAUUAUAACUGUAGUGAUUGUCGUUGUCUUGGUAUUAAGAAGACGUAGAAGAAGUGACAAAAGUGAGGGAAAAGACAUGGUCGAAUUUAAUGACAAUACAGAUAAUUCAGCAGUGACGUACAGUGAAAUCGUAACCACUGGUCUGCCACAUCAGCAAACUGAUGCAGAUGCAGUGUACGCAAAGCCAAACAAACCAAAGAAAAGUGCUAAUAGGGUGAAAUCUUCGAACGAAAGUACUGCUAAACAAACUCCAUUCAACAGUGGUCUGCCACUUCAGCAAACUGAUGCAGAUGCAGUGUACGCUAUGCCAAACAAACCGAAGAAAAGUGUUGAUAGGGUGAAAUCUUCGAACGAAAGUUCGUCUUCACAAAUGCUCAACAAUCCGAACUAUGAGAAACUCCCAACCGACAACGCCGAUAUUGCCAACAAAGAAAAUUAUCGGAAGCCACCAAUUGUGGCCAAACCUGCACCUGUUUAUGACAACAGUGCAAUAAGAACUUUAGUCGCUACACAUGAAUCCGCGGUACAUUCAGAUGAAUCCUCUUUGGAAAUUGAGGAAGACAUUGACAUCAUAAUAGCAUCUAGCAAAACUAAGUCGGUCACACUAGCAGAUGGAUUAAAUGUCACAGAAUCGGAUACAUAUUACAAUGUAACAGCGGUGAAAAAGAGGAAAAUUACGCUCGAUUAUUUGCCUGAUUUCGUAUCAAAGAAGACAAAAGCAGAGUUUGCUGAAGAAUUCAAGCAAUUGCCUCCAGGGUUGAUCAAACCCUAUGUAGACUCACAGAAAAGAAUAAACUUAUCAAAGAAUCGGUACAAGGGAAUAUAUCCAUAUGAUGAAACACGUGUUGUGCUGAAAGAGAGUGAUUCUGACUACAUCAACGCAAGUUACAUAGAUGUAAGGUACAACAAGAGAAAAGCUUAUAUUGCGUCGAUUGGUCCUACCUUUAAGUAUAUGGGAGAUAUGUCUGCUUUCUGGAUAAUGGUGUGGCAGAAGAAAGUAGGCAAGAUUGUCAUGUUGACUAAACUUGACGAAGGAGGGGCGCCAAAAUGUGACCAGUACUGGCCGGAGAAAGAUUUCAGUUUGCAGUAUGCAAGAAUACAAGUCACGUGUCAAAGUGAAGAAAGCUAUGCUGACUAUACCAUUAGGUCAUUCACUAUCCAGAAAGGUUCGGAAAAACGAAAAAUUGUUCAAGUUCACUUUACUGCAUGGCCAGAUAAAGGAGUGCCUGAUGACGUCACAAGCUUGGUAGAAUUUCGUCAGAAGGUCGUCAGUACUAAGACUGAACUAGAAGGUCCUAUACUUGUACACUGCAGUGCCGGUAUAGGAAGAACAGGAACGUAUAUUGCCUUAGAUAGUCUGACAGAGGAAGGUGAGGCUGAAGGGGAAGUUGAUAUAUACGCAUUUGUAAGGAACAUGAGGGAACAGAGAGUUAACAUGAUGCAAACUGCUGGGCAAUAUCAAUACCUACAUAAUGCACUGGUGCACACGCUGACAUUUGAUAGCAAGGCUGUGGAGGCUUCAAAGUUUGAAAAAUACAUGACAUCACACACAGAUGAUCAUCUUGGGGAAAUGUUUGAGAAGCUCCAAGCGUCUGUUGAACAAAGAUCAGACGAUGAAGUAGAUGCCGUUAAGAGAAACCAAGCUUUGAGAAAUAAAAACAGAGUCGGAGCUGAUAUUCCCGGGGACCGAAACCGACCUAAACUGUAUCUAGAGAGAAAACUGGGUUCCUCCGAUUAUAUAAAUGCAGUGUAUAUUAACAGUUAUACAACGAUAAACCGUUAUCUAGUAGCCCAGACACCUCUGCCAGACACUGUUGUUGACUUUUUAACAUUGCUUGUUCAAGAGAAAGUAUCAUGCAUUGUCAGCAUGGAAACCGUUUCUGUCGGUGACAAGACAGUUGGAGAAUAUUACCCGGUGGAUAACCAGACACUUAAGAAAGGCACGUUCACAGUCAAGUCUAAGCGGGAAAAGGACACAGAGCAAUAUGUAAUAAGAAAAUUGGAAAUUGUACACAAAGGAAAGUCUGGUACAGAAGACGUCACAAUUCCACAUAUCCAAUUAACACAGUGGAAUGAGAACAAGAACAUUCCAGAAGAACCAGCAAAGUUUGUACAGUUUGUAAAAGAUGUGGAAGUAAAGUAUGGAGGGAAUAAAUCAAAAGGACCGAUAUUGGUGCAUUGUCUGUAAGUAGAUGUCAGUUU